ACAAAGCAAAAGUCCCCAUCUGAGGUGGGACUUGCAGUCACCAAGGCAGGGCUGUGAGGCAUGCAGUCAUCAGCAGGAGACAAAGUCAGUCUCAGAGCCGUGAUCAUUCAGGGUGAUUUUUUUUUUUUCUAGGGUUUAGGACAAUUUUUUUCUUCCCUCCCAGCCAAUAAAAAGCGCUCACAGAGGCACAUCUUCCCCUGCAGGAAGCAGGGCAGUCACUGCCUGCGUUGGCAGGCUCCGCUUCUGAAGCGGUGGAGAUGGCAGCAAACUUGACCCGCAGCUUCGUCGUGCUUUGCUGGUUAGCGCUCUGGGGCCUCACCUGCACUUGUGAUGCUACGUAUACACCACCACCUCAUUCAACCAUUAAUCCUGGCUUCCCGGUCCCAGUGAACACCAACAAUCCUGGCGUUCGCAAGGCAGCUCGCUUUGGGGUUUACCAAUACAACAACAGUUCCAACGACCUCUUUCUGUUUAAAGAAUGGCAAAUAAACAAAGCUAUGCUGCAGAUCGUCAGAGGUCUGAAAUACAUGCUCCAUGUGGAAAUUGGCCGCACAGUGUGUGAGAAGAGGGGGCACUCCAACCUGGACAACUGUCACUUCCAGAGCAAGAAAAAACUGCAGCAGAUGCUGAAAUGCUAUUUUGAGGUCUGGAUGAUUCCUUGGUUGCAUAAAGCAGAUGUCCCUGUUGCUCUCUGUCACUGACCCACCUUUCGUCACAAGAGCAUGAUUUGCAGAGGAUUUACCACCCAUGAGUUUUUCCUUGUCUGGACUUCAAGGUCAAAACUGAAGUGGGGAACAGCUGUACAGAAUCACCACAAAGCCUUUCUCUCAAAGGUUGUUGGUUUCUCCUCCCACCUCUAAGGUAGAUGCUCAAGAUCUGAGUGACAAAGAAAGACUUGCCUUGACUGAAUGUAUUGCUAUCCAAUCAUGUAUCUCUUUUUCUAAAACUAAACAGCAGAUGAGAA